AUGGACGAGCAAGAUCAUCGCCAUCAUCACGAAACGAGUUCACCAUCUAGUCCAACAUCUUCCACUUCAAGCCAGACGGAUCAACAGACCCUAUCUCCAUACCAUUCUGCUGCCAUACCUGAAUCACCAUCUGCAUCUCUAUUCUUGAGGACUGCGGAGACUCUCGAUGGAUUAUCAAAGCAAUUGACGAAUAUCAAAGAUGAUAAUGAUGAGGUAGAAAUAGUCUGUUGUUGUGGAAGCAGUCUUUCGAAUGGUAAUGGGAAUAUAUGUAGGACUUUGAAGGAAAGGGAGAAGUUGGAAGAUAAACUUAAACUUAGUGGUGAAAUCGGUAACGCUCUUCUACAACGAUAUGAAGCUCUGGAACGUAAAUAUCAAAGGGAAGUAGAAAAGUAUGAGAAUCAACUUCAAGUGAAACGCAAUGCUCUGGUGGAAAGUAUGAAAAAAGUGAAUAAUCUGGAGAAGGCCAAUACGCAACAUUUACAGAAAUUCGCAGAGGUAUCAAAGAAGAAUGAAGCCUUGGAGAAACGUUAUACCCAAGCUAUGCACACCCAGACGCUAACUCAACAAUCCCUCACUCACGUACGCUCGGAACUUACGACGUUAAGAACAACUUCGCAAAGGCAGAAAGUCGCUCUGGCUAGUGGGAAAGGAAUAGAAGAAAGGUUAUUGGAAUCUGAGAAGAAUUAUGAAGAUGUCAAAGAUCUGAUGGAGAUGGAAAUCAAGAAAACAAGGGAUGAAUUGAGGAAGAGGAAGAGAGCGGAAGCUAGGAUUGAGGAGCUGGAGCUGCAACUCAAAUCUUCCAACAAAGAAGUCGAGGAAAUCAAGCAAGCUAGAGCUAAAGAUGCUCAGGACCUACUGACAAAUGCCAAAGAGAGAUUAAGCGUGUUGCACACCGAGUUAUCAGAAACUUUCCGCACGGAAUCACCAUCUGAUAUGCCAGAAUACCAAAAAAUCUUAGAAGAUCUGGUAGCCACCAACACACUGUUGAAACAUGAUGUAACCGAAUUGACACAUAGCCUUGCGGAGAGUCGAGACGAAUCACGAAUGUUGAAAGAGGAAGUAGACGAAUUAAGGGCCUCGAUAGGAAGUGUAGGAAGGAUGUCACCUUUCGGACGAUUACCUACCAGAUUAGCUAGCGAAUUAGGAUCAGGAUAUUCGAAUCAUUCGAGGACGGAAUCCAGUCCUGUCGUCUCUCUUGGACAUGGUGAGAGGGGAUCAUGGAAUCGGAUGAGCGUAGCGUCAUCUUCGAGAACGGGAGGGAUGAGCGCUUGGGAGCAUCAUAGGAAGAUGUCCAUGGCCGCCUCCUUCACUUCCAACUCUUCUUCGAUCGCUGCCGAUGGUGCUCUCAUGUCUCCCGGAUUGGGUAUGGGUCCAAUAGGUGAAUUUGGCGGAGUACUAUUGAACGAAGAUGGUACAACCAGAGUCGGAAUACUGAGCCCAACUUCUGGAAGAGAGAGUCCCAAAUUCCGCACUUCGCCUAGUGGUGGGAUUGGUUAUGUACUCAAUGGCGUACCGAAGACUAAACCUGGACAUCAAGUCAGACCUUCACUUGCGAGAAGCUUCAGUACUAACACAGAUAGAAGGUCGAGGAGAUCUUAUGCUUCGCAGGGAGUUGGACCCAUUGCAGAAUGGUCAGCAGGUGAAGAUGUAUCAGGUAUAACCGAAGAACCCCUCUCACCUGGUACAGACUAUUUCCGAGCAGCAGAGAAGAACCGUAAGAGACGUUCAUUGAUGUUAGCUAGACGAUCGACUAUGUCUCCAAAUGAAUUUACCGAGUAUUCACCCAACGCAAGUACUACCAUCAUCGAUGAUUAUCCUUCACCGAUGUCGGAUUCAGCAUUAUCCAAUACCAGUCCCAAACGAGCUAAGAGGAAGACAUUGUUGCUUCUGACCAAGUCUCAAGGAGUCCAGACGGAACCUGUCGAUAUUGGUAUCUCAACGGACUCAGAACCAGAAAGAAGGGAAUCUAAUUCGGCUCAAGGUCAAGUUAUGGGCACAACCUCUACGGGGACUUCACCGAUCCCUCAAUCGGAAGAUCAUUCGGAAACUUCCUCCAUACAGGACAAUCGAGCUGGGAUCUUAUUGGUGGUCGUGGAGCAUAUGAGUCGUAUCUUGGCUAGAUUAAGGGAUGCGGACGUACACACUUUGAAUAAACGGUUGAAGAAACACAACUUACCUGGAGAUGUCGGACAUCUAUCUCAAACUACUAUGAGAUCCUUACAGCAGGAAGUAUCUGAAUUACGAAGUCAAUUUAGAGGUAUACCAAGUUCCGCUUUGACUGGUGGGAUCGACAGAAAAGAUUUCAAUCUUUUAUUGAGAUUGUUCAAAGAUGUAUUUACGGAUUUAGUGGACUUACAAGCUAUAGUCAACGAUAUCACAAUCAACCCAUCACUGGGCAAGAAGUUACAGAAAGCUGCGUUGAGGGAAGAUGACUCGGUAAACGAUGCGGGUAAAUCAAGCAAACAGACUGGAAUUGGUGGUGGAACGGGAUUAGGAUGGAUCGCUGCUCCAAUAACGAAAUUCUUCGUCACUCCUGCCGAAAACGAUCAUUCGAGUGAAGGUUCCACCUCACAUGGCAAGAAGGGAUUAGAGAGAGGUAGACUACAGCCUAAUAGCAACAUGCCUGUCAAAGCUGCACCUAAACAACAACCUACGGCUAGUGCUACUACUACGCAUGUCAGUGUCGAAUUUGGUGGAACGGGUAUAGUGAGGAGAGCCAGUCCUGCGAAUCUUACUACCGCCAACAAGGAGGUGAUCGACGAUUUACCCUCCUCACCGGUCGCCGCUCAACAGGAGGAUAGGACUAUAUCACCAGCAACUGGACCGGGCAAUUCAUUGGUUCCUCCCACGAUCCGUACAGUCAGACGAUCAAAAUCACGAGCGAACAGGAAUGAACUAUUAGGUAUCUUUGCGGGUGCUCAGAAACCUAUCACUCCAACCGAUGGAGCGUGGACUGUCAUAGGUAAUGGAGUAGCCUCUGGUGCCUCAAGUGGUCAACGAACGUUAAGAUCAGUCAGUUCUCAUGUAUUUAGCAAUACUAGUGGUAAUGGAGACAAGACCAUAAAAGCUAAACGAAGCGAGGAAAGAAAGAGGAUCUCUUCUGUCGUAGAUGCAAUUAUCGACCCUUCGACUUCUACCCUGACCGAGGAUAACGAAGUGAUACUUAGUGGAUCGUAUGAACCUCAGCCUCCGUUGUUGGAAAGGACCCUUAGACCUAGAGGAUUGUCAGAUUCGAGUAUCAGAUCGACAUUCAUCAGUCACUCGAUCAACCCUAUAGAUAGCUCCCGUACAGCUACGAUCAGAGCACCUCCGUACAGUGGAGGAGGAGGGGGAGGAGUGCUGCAGAGCCUAUCGAAGAGAUGGUACGAUUUUAGAGGAUCGACAGAAGUAAAUGAGGAAGUUUCACCGGUAAAUCCAGAAGGUCACAACACACAAAGUGCGGCGGGUAACAUAGAAGAUAAACCGAAUCCUGGUCCAUUAUCUACCUCUUCCACCCGAUCGUCAAUAUCCACUACCACUUCUUCAUUGUUAAGGGAUAGAGCAAUAUCACCUACGAAAACCAAUAUCGUCUCACCUAUAUCGACUUCUACAUCCACCUCCUCUCAGAUCCCAAGUCAGGGAGGUGGCACGGGAUUAUUCGGGUUAAUCGCUUCUUCCCUAGUUGGGAAUAACGAGAUUGAAGGCAUGGGGGAAGAUGAAGAUGAAUUAGUUGGAGCGAGUUUAAGACAGGGCGGAGCGAUGGGUAGGAAAGCCUGGCGAUAA